AUGAAAGAGAUGAUGUACAAGAUUGCAGCAAUGCAACCUGUGGACAUCGAUCCAGCCACCAUUCAAAAGCCGAAAAGGCGUCGUAAUGUCCGGAUUAGCAAUGAUCCCCAGAGUGUAGUUGCACGCCAUAGAAGAGAGAGGCUAAGUGAGAAGUUAAGGAUUCUCCAGAGGUUGGUUCCUGGAGGUACACAGAUGCACACAGCUACCAUGUUGGACGAAGCCAUCUCCUACCUCAAGUUCUUAAAGAGACAACUUCACCACCUACACCUACACACCAAUCAAUCUAUGCCGCAUCUCUUCCCUUCUUCUUCUUCUUCUUCUUCCUCCUCGGUGCAACCAGCUGUAGAGGCCGCCGGUGGUGGAUUCACCAUUAUUGGCGGCACCGGCCGGCCACAUCCCAUGUCAUCAUGA